UGUCCUUCAGGUCCUGCUCUUCUGUUUGUAAAGACCAGCCAAGGAAAAGAGGAAGGAAGAAGGUUUUACGCUUGUUCAGCCUGUAGGGAUAGAAAAGAUUGUAACUUUUUCCAGUGGGAAGAUGAGAAGGUAUCAGAAACUAGGCUUGCAGCCCGUGAAGAAUACAAUAGAAAUCACCAGCCUUCUUUUACACACAGGCAGAAUGUGGAAAGGUACAAGGAUUUUGUUCUGUUGCCAUUAUCAAAGAGGAGUCAGCAAUUGCUAUUGCCAGCUGAAUGGGAAAAACACUCAGAUCACCAGUUCCUGUGUGAUAUCUCCACUACCCAGUUAAAAAGCCCCAGUCAACUUCUGUAUCCACUUGAGAAUAAAAAAACAAAUGCACAGUAUUUAUUUGCAGACAGAAGUUGUCAGUUCCUACUGGAUCUUAUUAUUGGUUUAGGAUUCAGACGAGUGCUGUCUGUUGGAACACCCAGGCUUCAUGAAAUGAUCCAGUCAAAAGCAUCACAAGAAGAAGAUUUCAGGGUUAGAAGCCUUCUGCUAGAUAUUGAUUUCAGGUAUUCACAGUUUUAUACAGAGGAUGAAUUCUGCCACUACAACAUGUUUAAUCAUUAUUUUUUUGGUGGAGAGGCUGCACGUGAAACUUGUAGGAAAUUCUUGUAUCAAGAUAAUGGUGAAAGAGCCAUUAUGGUAACUGAUCCUCCAUUUGGAGGGUUAGUGGAAGCACUGGCCUCUAGUUUUAAAAAACUGAUGGCAAUGUGGAAGGAGACACAAAAAGGAGGUCAUAACAACCAAGAGAUGCCCAUGUUCUGGAUAUUUCCAUACUUCUUUGAGUCUCGUAUUCUGGAGUUCUUCCCAAGCUUCAGUAUGAUGGAUUACCAGGUAGACUAUGAUAAUCAUGCACUUUAUAAACAUGGCAAAACAGGUCGUAGACAGUCCCCUGUCCGUAUCUUCACGAAUCUCACCCCAAGUAUGAUUGUACUUCCUGUGGAAGAGGGUUAUAGGUUUUGCACCAUAUGUCAGCGGUAUGUUAGUUCUGGUAACCAGCACUGUGAGAUAUGCAAUUCAUGUACAUCAAAGGACGGUAGGCGAUGGAAACAUUGUGCUCUUUGCAAAAAGUGUGUAAAACCCUCUUGGCUUCACUGUAACAAUUGCAACUCCUGUGCUCUUCAAAACCACACUUGUGAGAAGGCUGAUGCUGGCUGUUUUGUUUGUGGCAAGGCAGGUCACAAACGUAGUACCUGUCCCAGUCUCUGCCGCAACAGAAGAGCUUGCAA